GAAAGUGUGAGUGUAAAACCCCGGAAGUGCUGUUGCUUCUUCUGAACUUUACGACUUAAGACAGUAAUGCCAUAGACACUCUUUCUUGAUAGCCCCAAAAAGCUUAGAACGUGAGCGUCCCGUUGAGCUGAAUGCGACUCGGUCAACCUUCAGGGUGAUUGACAUGUUGCCAGUGGUGGUGGUCCACGGAGGGGCGGGUCAAAUCCCAAAGGAGUGGUCAGAAAAGUCCACUUCGGGGGUGUGCUCAGCAGCCCGAGCAGGGUACCGUAUCCUCCAGGGAGGGGGCAGCAGCAUGGACGCUGUGGUAGAGGCCGCGACCCAACUGGAGAAUAACCCCUCCUUCAAUGCAGGGUGUGGGUCAGUGCUGAACGUCAAAGGAGAGGUGGAGAUGGAUGCCAUAGUGAUGGAUGGGAAAACACUGGCUACUGGUGCCGUGUCUGCUGUACGCAACAUAGCCAACCCUAUCCAGCUAGCACGGCUGGUUAUGGACAAGACGAGCCAUGCGUGUCUGACAGCAGAGGGUGCCAGUCAGUUCGCCCGGUCCAUGGGUGUCCCCGAGGUGCCCCAAGAGUCCCUCAUCACCGAGUACUCCCGCAUGCGCUGGAAAAAGAACCUGGCACCUGAUGCCAACCCUGUGGAGUGCCAAAUCGGGAAGAUGGGCACAGUUGGAGCAGUGGCAGUCGAUAGUGAGGGCAACAUAGCCUGUGCGACCUCCUCUGGUGGGAUCCUGAACAAGAUGGAGGGACGGGUGGGCGACACACCCUGCAUAGGGUCUGGAGGUUAUGCUGACAACAGGAUGGGAGCAGUGUCCACUACAGGCCACGGAGAAGCCAUCAUGAAGGUUACUCUAGCCAGACUCAUCCUGUUCCACAUGGAGCAAGGUCAGUCAGUAGAGGCAGCCAGUGAUUUAGGGCUGGCUUACAUGAAGUCCAGAGUAAGUGGGCUGGGUGGGGUGGUGACGGUGGACCCUCAGGGCCACUGGGCCACUUGCUUCACCAGCCAGCAGAUGGCCUGGGCUGCAGCCCAGAAGGAUACCCUGCACUACGGCCUGUACACUGGGGAACACUUCACCCAGAGCAUCGAUUGAAGUCAAGAAUAUUAAUUCGACUUAAUACUAAUAAAAUGAUAAUAUAUUUGAGCAAUGAUUAAAUCUACAGUCUACAUACCCCAGGAGAGGCAAAGUGCAAAGAGAGGAGUAAGAACACACAAUCUAUGUUAUUGAUUUUGUGAUAGGACUUAGUGAAGAAACAUACAGAAAGGCUCUACUGAUUAGCAGACCCCCAUAUACAGCAACCAAAAUGUAGACCCAACUGAGGAGGAUCUUUACAUCUUAAGAUAAUCUUUAAUACACUGUAACCAAGUGGAAGCUACAAGGUCAAUCUACAAUUGUCCCCCGAACUAUUAAACUAAUUAAAACUUUCAAAUCUUCUAUAGUUGAAAUUUCAGCAACAUUGUUCCACAGCACCCUCAUACCGAGACAAGCAGUCUAUAAUUCUAUAAUUUUAUUAGAAGAUUGCAAAAGAUUUUAGCCGACCUUUAUAUCUAAGGUCGUAUUGACCUGAUCGGUGCAGAAUUAAGUUGGCAGACAGAGGCCAUUUGGUAGAUGACAUAGUAAAUUUCAUCUUUGUAUCUUAGAUUUAUAAACUUUGGCAACAUGUAGGAUUUUGUACUAAUUUUAAAGAAAUAAUUGAAUAGGGAAUUGAUUAUGCAUGAGUUUGGGUUUUUUUUAUCAAAUUAAAUAGAAAUAUUUUUGUGCAAGUGUGAUUUUCAAAUGACCUUUUGACAAAAUAUGGCGAGAAUCGAUGAAACAUCUAAAGUUUGUGUGUUUCCCAUCUGAUAAUAGCUCUAUCUUGUGUAAUGAAAUACGUAUUAUUUUAUAGAGAAUCGAGAAUAGCGCUGUCUGUAUUGUCACACAGAAUCCAUGUGAUUUUUUCUGUAGUAGUGCUGUGCUGUAAGUUUGAACAAGAGCCAAUAUUUGUGAAGUGCUGCUGAUCAGAUGAGGAUUGUCAAUGCUGAAGCUUUGUGUUGGGAAAACCCUGAUUCUUGACAAUACAUUCCUUUAAUCACUGA